AUGAAGUUCUCCGUCGCUCUCCUCACUGUCUUCGCUUUGGCUGCCACUGCCAUGGCUGCUGAUCCUACCACCACUGCCCCCAGCUCUGCCCCCAGCUCUGCCCCCAGCUCUGCCCCCGGCUCCAGCUCCGCCUCUAACACCAAGACCUACUCCCAGCCCCCAGGCUCCAGUGCCACUUCCCCAGCUCCCUCCCCCACCACCACUAGCGGCGCUGGCACUCUUGUCGCCAAUUCGAUCGUCGCCGUCGCCGGUCUCGGUUUCGCCUUGGCUGCUGUUGCAGAAUAUAAGGUCAUGGAGUCCUCCGUCAGAGAGCCUUGUGCAUAUGUCACUGACCACAUUGUCGAACACGCCGAACAUUUGCUCAGGAGCGAUAGACGACUCACUUAUACCGUUCUGCUCAAGCGAUUACUUACGGGGCGCAGGCAUCACAGCCCCUCACAGCGUCUGUUUGUUGAUUUGUCAGUGACAGGCAGCCCCGGCAAGAUUUCGGAGGACAGCUUGCGACCUCAGUGA